UCAACCUACCUGCCUCGCUUGCACUUACACCCACGGGGGAAAUCUCAGUUCCUAGGUCUCCAGUGGGAUUCACGACACUUGAAGAGUCACAAGGUGCUAGGUUCCCGAGGCCAUGUGGUAUCUCAUUAUUUUACGCCUGAAUACUUGAACAAUCAUUAUACGCCGAGUCCAUCAGCACUCCCUUUUCUUCGCCUCAUCUGUCUGUGA